CCUAUGUGAGCUGAGUGAUCUGGAGUAUCUGGAUGAGGAGUUCCACCAGAGUCUCCAGUGGAUGAAGGACAACGACAUCGAGGACAUGUUGGACCUCACCUUCACUGUCAAUGAGGAGGUGUUCGGACAGAUCACAGAGAGAGAGCUGAAGCCGGGCGGGGCCAACAUCCCAGUGUCAGAGAAGAAUAAGAAGGAGUACAUUGAGCGCAUGGUGAAGUGGCGUAUUGAGAGAGGAGUGGUUCAACAGACAGAGAGUCUGGUCCGGGGAUUCUAUGAGGUGGUGGAUUCCAGGCUGGUGUCAGUGUUUGAUGCCAGGGAGCUGGAGCUGGUGAUAGCUGGCACCGCUGAGAUAGACCUGGUGGACUGGAGGAGCAACACUGAUUACAGAGGAGGUUACCAUGACAACCACAUAGUGAUCCGUUGGUUCUGGGCGGCGGUGGAGAGGUUCAACAACGAGCAGAGACUCAGGCUGCUACAGUUUGUGACGGGUACCUCCAGUAUUCCCUACGAGGGUUUCGCCUCUCUCCGAGGCAGCAACGGACCCCGCAGGUUCUGUGUGGAGAAAUGGGGCAAAGUUACCUCUCUACCCAGGGCUCACACCUGCUUCAACCGGCUGGACCUCCCUCCAUAUCCAUCCUUCUCCAUGCUGCACGAGAAGAUGCUCACUGCCGUGGAGGAGACCAGCACCUUCGGCCUGGAGUGAUGACCCCUAUCACCUUUAACCCCCACUCCUCCUACAACCUUUGACCCUGACCUCUGAACUGUAGUAUCACAGAGGUAGAGGAACCCAAGGGGUUCAAGGGGAUGACUGUCUAGUCUGUCUGGCACCCUGUUGUAUCUUUAUACACACUCACCUUCCUGAAGUGAGCUGAACAGAGCAGAAUAGACCGAUGUCUAUCAGAGGGUAUGACCCCUGCACAACGCCAGGGGUCACUGUGAUGGUUAAGGUCACUUAGACACACUGCCAACACAAACCAAAGGAGAGCACCCUAACACUCACACCCUUGUUACUCCAUUAGACCAAUGGGAGAGAUGGAGUCGUAAGCCUCCAACCAAUCGCACAAUGAAGGAACAAAAACCAAGACCUGGAGUGAGACUCCAGCUGGCUCAUCACGUUUUAUUAUUUAAAAUACGGAUUUCCAAUGGAGUCUCGUAAGGAAGGUGGUGGUCGAGCUUUUCCUGGAAAGCAGAAGAAACACAGAUGCUUUAUCUCACAGAGAGGCUGAGGCGGACAUCACAGGACAUCGCUCCUCUGAGAGGUUGAGGCGGACAUCACAGGACAUCGCUCCUCUGAGAGGCUGAGGUGGACAUCACAGGACAUCGCUCCUCUGAGAGGCUGAGGUGGACAUCACAGGACAUCGCUCUUCUGAGAGGGUGAGGUGGACAUCACAGGACAUCGCUCCUCUGAGAGGUUGAGGCGGACAUCACAGGACAUCGCUCCUCUGAGAGGGUGAGGUGGACAUCACAGGACAUCGCUCUUCUGAGAGGGUGAGGUGGACAUCACAGGACAUCGCUCCUCUGAGAGGCUGAGGUGGACAUCACAGGACAUCGCUCUUCUGAGAGGGUGAGGUGGACAUCACAGGACAUCGCUCCUCUGAGAGGUUGAGGCGGACAUCACAGGACAUCGCUCCUCUGAGAGGCUGAGGUGGACAUCACAGGACAUCGCUCCUCUGAGAGGCUGAGGUAGACAUCACAGGACAUCGCUCCUCUGAGAGGCUGAGGUAGACAUCACAGGACAUUGCUCCUCUGAGAGGCUGAGGUGGACAUCACAGGACAUUGCUCCUCUGAGAGGCUGAGGUGGACAUCACAGGACAUCGCUCCUCUGAGAGGCUGAGGUGGAGAUCACAGGACAUCGCUCCUCUGAGAGGCUGAGGUGGACAUCACAGGACAGUGUUGCUCCUGGAGAAGGGGAUGAGAGGAGAGAGGAGGAGAUGAAAGAAGACAAGACAGGUGCUCUUCAGCUGCUGUGGCCACGCCUCCUGCCCUGUCAGGGAGAGAACCAACCAAUCAAGUUCCAGGCAGCUUUGUGACCUGCCCUUGUUGAACACUCUGACAGGUGUGUUCUAGAACAGAACACUGAAGUAGCCCAUGGUGAUGCGGUGGUGUCUGUGUGCUGAAGCUGACCUUGUUGAACACUCUGACAGGUGUGUUCUAGAACAGAACACUGAAGUAGCCCAUGGUGAUGCGGUGGUGUCUGUGUGCUGAAGCUGACCUUGUUGAACACUCUGACAGGUGUGUUCUAGAACAGAACACUGAAGUAGCCCAUGGUGAUGCGGUGGUGUCUGUGUGCUGAAGCUGGACUCUCUCUACAGGCUUUUCAUCUAUCUGCAAAAUGUCUUUUGUAACGGCCACAAACAAUGAUAUGUUUUUGAAUGUACUGACUGAUAUCACGAUGAUGCGCUUGAAUGUGUCGUUUUUGUACGUCGCUCGAUGACUCGUCAAAUCAAAAUGGCUGCCUCAUUCUUAACAAACUUCAGGGCAAGCUAUAAGCACGAAUAACCAAACUCAGCUACGGUUUGUUCGAUAAAGACAUUACAUUGAGUUGGCUUUCCCAUAAUGUUAGACACAAGCUCACACACACACUCUUUCAGUGUUUUAGCUGUUUUCAUUGUUUGCAAGUAUGUUGAUUGUCAUCGUCGCUUUAUCAUUGAACUACACUGCCAGAGUAGAGGGUGAUCUGAACUUUUAAAAUCCGUCAUGGUUGUUUGUUGCUCUUGUUUUUAACUUGCUUCUACUUUUUCUCCUUAUGUACAUUAUCCUGAUUGGCACCUAAUUGAAUACGUUGGUUUGAUCUGUUCCUAUUUCAAUAGGGGUUGGGACCCCGAUAUAACAUCAUAUAAUGACAAAUGUUCGUAUGACCGUGAUAAUGAAAGUAAAACAUGGUGAUUAACAACCUGCAUGUCGAGACACACACACACACACACACACACACACACACACACACACACACACACACACACACACAUGCAAUUAUAAUGUGAUCUGUGUGUGGGUGAUGGUGAGGUGAAGGGACAUUUAUAGCUUUAUAGAGACUCGUGACAGAGAACAUGUUGAAGUCAUACACAAGCACAGAUGCCCAUGGUAUGCUAUUACACUGACUGUUUUGAUGGGGGAAAUGUUUUUUAUAGACGCAUCUACAGUACUGGGAAGUUUUAAGACGAUGAGUAAUGAGAACAUGAUUUUACAGACGCAUCUACAGUACUAGGAAGUUUUAAGACGAGGAGUAAUGAGAACAUGAUUUUAUAGACGUAUCUACAGUACUGGGAAGUUUUAAGACGAUGAGUAAUGAGAACAUGAUUUUAUAGACGCAUCUACAGUACUGGGAAGUUUUAAGACGAGGAGUAAUGAGCAUAUGAAGGAAGAGUCAUAGAAACAAAUACAUAUUUGUCAUGUUUUUCACUUCAUACCCUGCCUUAGAAAGCAUUAGUCUGCCUUCUGAUACCACCAUAUUCUACUCUCAGGGUGCGUUCCAGGUCACCUUUAUUGCAGUCGCGCUGCUGCUGAGCAUUUUAGCCGAUUACUAUAUUAUAUGUAUAUCAUAUUAUUGUGGUUCCAGAGAGGUAAAUACUUUUCCAGACGUUGUGAGGGACUAUCAUCUGAGCAGUGUGUCGACUGCAAUAACGAUUACAUGAAACGCGCCCAAUGUCUUUGUUUCAGGGAUGUGACCCCACCCAGCCACCAUCACAUCCCGAGACUGUGGAAUGUAGCUAACGGAAUGUAAGGGACUGAAAUAGAACAACUUCCUGCAUUCUCUUCCAUCAUCCCAGGGCCAGUGAGACUGAGGGCAGAUAUAUUACAUGUUUUACGUUAAAAACAUAAUUUAAAAAAAGGGAAGUGCACAGUGGCAUAACAUGUAUUUAUUUUUGGACAUUUUAGUAAUUUAUCAGACGCUCUUAUCCAGAGCGAUUUACAGUUAGUGCAUUCAUCUUCAACUGUAGCUAGGUGGGACGGGCUCUGGUGUAGUUUUGAGCAUAGACUGAAAGACUGAAGCUAGGGAGGGACAGUUUCUCUUGCUGUUUCGUAGGUAUGCACCAUGGUCUUGUAGUGGAUGCGAGCAUUAUGGGAAUACUGUACAUGAGCUGGGAUGGCUUGCAAGAAGUUCUUCUAACUUUUUACGUACUGACAGUACACCUUUCUUUCAUUCUGACUCCCUCUCUGUCUGCAAAUGAAUGAUUGUGCUGUCCUGUGUAGGCUAUGUAUUUUCACCAGGGGUCUCCAACAGGUCGAUCGCGAGCUACCAGUAGCUCGCAGUCUACCUAUGAGUAGCUCGCCAAACAAUUCUGAAAGUACUUGCAAUUUUCACGUGUUCCACGACAAACUGUCAUAAACAAAUCCCACAAGUGUCAGACACCGCAAGCUCCCAGCUACUAUCUAAUUAACGCAAAAUUGACAUGUUAAAAAGCCAAACCUAACAAUAUCUGCCAAUGAAUUCCCAGCAAUAUUGCCCCUGUCUGUCUGUGUGGUGCGCGCGUUUGUCCAUCACUCCAGACAGUUGACGUGAUAAACCAUCUUGUGAGUUGACCAAAAUACUUUCCCCAAAACCUUUUCAUUUAAAUAUUUAUUGCAAGUAGGCUUACCUGGCAUAAGUAUAUAAUGAGUAUCUAUUAUUUGUUAUUUGAAAACUUGAAAUGAAAUGAAAUGUGUAGCAGUAUGGAACCAUUGCUAUACUGGCACAUUCCUCACUCAGAUGCGCAAUUAAAGGGUCAGAUGCACAAUUACAGGAAAAUUGCACAUUUGUUAGUUUCCUUCCAGACCUAAAAAAAAUUGUCCUCAGAGGCGAUUUAAGAAUUGACUUGGACUCAGAACAUCCCAUUUCAUUGUUUCUCUAUGAAUAAUUAUAAUUUUGAGAGUGAAAACAAUUCUAAAACCAGGAAAAACAACACUGACAACAAAUUUCUGAUUUUAGAGUUGUUUAUUAACCAUUAUUUUACCAGGUAUAUUGACAGAAAAUAUAGUGCACUACUUUCUCUUGUAGUGCAAGGACCCGGAGAAGAGUUACAGGGGAGAGGAGAAGAAUGGGCCUAUUUUAAAAUCUAGAAAGAAAUGAGUAGAUCUAAUGCCAGAAAAGGUUGGAGACCCCUGAUUUGCACUGAAUGUACCAAUGUUUUGGGGCUUUAAUUGGGGCUUUUGACUCUCUUCAUCCAAGUCUCGGUCUCUCAACCUCCAUGGUCUUCACAUUCACCACCAUCACUGAGUAACCGAUAGCCCAUCACACCAAGCCACUACUUCUUUACUCACAAAAACACUUUAACUACAACACAACAUGCAUAUAUAUAUUAUCACCAAUUGUGACCAAUUUGAAAGUUGCAUCCAUGUUUCAGUUGUUCUCACCUUUUUGUAAUGGAAUGUUCUGUCUGUUCCUCUCUGGCUGGCUGUCUGCCUGUCUGGUCCUGUGACCGGCAGGACUCUAGGAUUAGAUACUGUCUGCUGGGGGGUUCAAGGCUGUGUCUUUGUCAGAGCUUCACUCUAUGCAAAGCUUUUUUCUCCACGUCACUCCUUAUGAUUGUAUGAAAAUAACGAUAAAAAGACUUGAUUAAAUGUG